UCCAAAAAGGUAUUAGUUGGCGUUAUGCAAUUCAAGUUGUUUUCUUGUGUCGCACGUGUUCUUUCUUUGAGAUCUGACUUUUGAUUUUGUUUGUUUAAAAUAAAUGCUAAAAUGGACAGUGAUAGGAAAUUAAACAGCGAUUCCAAUGAAAAUACAUCAGCGAACGAUGAAUUGCCUGGCAGUAGCUCGAAUGCGAAUACUGAGCAAAAUGCACCCGGGGCACACGGCAUCGUGGGAAGAGAAUAUUUCCAGAAUAAUAACGACCAGCAAAAAAAGGAAUUUUUUCUGCUUGACAUGAAAAGUAAAUUCCUGUUUUUAAAUAAGAUGCUCGAGGAAUAUGAAAGUGAUGGAGAUAUGAUCGAUAAACGCAAGGGAUCAAUCACCGCUAUGCGGGACAAGUAUGCACUUGAAAUAGCCGAAUUGAGCAACAACUUAAAAGACGAGUGUGCUCUUGCUUCCCAAUCGUCAUCUGUAUCUAAUAUAGAAAGCUGUGGACUAAAAAGUGAGUCAACUAAACAGCCCACUGAACAAGCCCAAUACGAAAAUGGGAAUAAAUACAAGGAAUUGCGCCUUGCUAAGCUAAAAGAAGAAUUGAGGCUACUGGACAGCGAAAUAUCAAACUUAAACCGUUGCAUAGAAAAACGUAACCAGGCUGCUUGCAAGCUAAAAGAUAAUAUAGGAAUUCUAUAUAAACGAGUUGAGCCACACAUACAACCAACCAAACAACAUGGUCUAUGAGUUAAAAGUUUCGAGACGAACUGAACAAAAAAACUUGGGAAUUGACAAGCUUAAGCAUAUGAAAUCAGCAUUGUAUUUAAAAAUAUAUAUAUAUAUAUAUAUUAUGCACUGCCCAAUUUACCAUUUGUAUUAUAUUUUUACACGUGUUUCAAUUACGCUACCUAUCUCUUUUGAUGCGACAAAUGUUACACAUCAUAAAACAAAGGCCACCGCCUGCUUUUAUGCUCAUUCAUUCUGUGGUGGUAUUAUGUUUUUGGCUUAUAUCGUGGACGGGAUUCUGCCGAAUGCAUUAAUUAAAUUUAAUUAAAAUGUGUCAACUGAGCUUGUCAUAACAAA